UCGAUUUACUUGGGAAAAAUAGAAGACGAAAAUAAACAAUCCACACAAGACGUACCUUUAACGCAUCGUCGUUUUCACGCAAUACUCUUCACCUUCGAAGAUGAUGCGUUGGCAAUUGUUGGUGAACGAUUCAUUGGUGAAAGAAAUGUAGUUAGUGAAGUGAGGUGGUAGCAGUAAGAAGUAGGAACCAAUGGCCGAUCAUAUAGCGAGGGGACAAGAGCUUGCGAAGAAAGCGGAGAACAAGCUCCGAUGUUGUUGUGCCUUGUUCGGUUCUAACUAUGAAGACGCUGCUGAAUUAUUCCACAAAUCUGCAAAUUCCUUCAAACUCGGAAAAUCAUGGGACAAAGCAGGGUCAGUCUUCAUCAAAUCGUCCAAGUGUCAUAUGAAGAUAGAUAACAAGCAUGAUGCAGCAAAUGCUUAUGUAGAUGCCGCUCGUUGCUACAAGAAAACAUCCACAAAAGGAGCAAUUUCGUGCUUAGAUCAAGCGGUGACUAUCUUCACAGAGAUUGGUAGACACAUCUUGGCUGCUAAGUACUGCAAGGAAAUCGGUGAGUUAUAUGAACUCAAUCAAGACAUAGAGCAUGCUAAAUCAUAUUUUGAGAGGGCUGCUGAACUUUUUGAGCUUGAGAAUGCAACAACCUCUGUGAUCCAGUGCAAACAAAAAGUUGCACAAUUUUCUGCUCAACUUCAACAAUAUAAGAAGGCAAUUAAGAUUUAUGAAGAUAUUGCCCAGCAAUCGCUGAACAAUAACUUAUUGAAAUAUGGAGUUAGAGGACAUCUUCUUAAUUCUGGCCUAUGCCAGCUUUGUCAAGGGGAUAUUGUUGCAAUUACCAAAACCUUGGAGAACUAUCAGGACUUGGAUCCAACAUUCUCCAGAACUCGUGAAUACAAAUUUUUGGCUGAUUUGGCUGCAUCAAUUGAUGAGGAAGAUGUUGCAAAUUUUACUAGAGUAGUCAAGGAGUUUGAUAGCAUAACCCCACUGGAUUCUUGGAAGUCCACCCUUCUAUCGAGAGUAAAGGAUGAUUUGAAAGAAAAGGAGAUGGAAGAGGAUGAUUUGACAUGAAUCAAUCACAAUUGAAUUUUCUGCCAAUGAAGUUACUUCCAACUUUGUAAAUGCCAGAGGUAAGAUUUUAUUUUUUUCCCCAUCUUUUGAUGGUUUUUCUUAUUAUUAUUUGAAGCAGAAGUGUAUGUGCCCAAAAAUUGACAAUAUGUUUCCUCCAAAACUUUAUGCUGAGUUGUAGAAAGGAAAGGACAAUAUCGAACCCAUGACAUUAACGGCACCAUAUAUUAUACA